AUGUCCUACACCCGAAAUCAAUUUCAGAAAGCCUAUGCUCAAGCUGCAGCGAUUGUUGGAGCAGCUUUCGGCUCUUGGCUUUUAUUCGAUUUUUCGCCUAAUAAUUUAUUUUUGGUUGGAACUUUAAUGGUUGCAGUUUCUGUCUAUUUAUAUAAUGGAUAUCCCCAAGAGAGAAGAAAUAUGGAGGAAGAAAAUAAUAAAUUAAAUUCAUUCUCCUUUCUAAAUAAUAGAUUGGAUAAUGAAGUUGAGGAUGAUUUUAGUGAAAAAAGUGUGCAUUUAAUACCCUAA